AUGCAAAACAAAUUAUUAUACCUGUCAUGGCUGCCCCCGUUCUCUAGAUCUGAGAAGAUAUCAGAAUACGAGCGGGAUUGCAAACCCGUGCAGUGGCAAGAAAAGAGACUUCGGAGUCUCGAUGGAACCAAACUAGCCAUAUGUGAGGGACAUAUCCCAGUCAACGAGCAACGACAACAAAUCGAGAUAAAGAAGCGAGAAAAGCUCGUGGUCAUUUGUUACUUUCAGGGAAAUGGUGGAUCAAUGCCACUCAGGCUGCCAUUAUUGUCCCAGUUUCUAGCAUCCCUCUCGGCGAAGUCCAAAACUAGCCAACCAGAGUGCGCCGAUGAAACACGCUAUGUCAUGGUCGCCUUGUCAUAUCGUGGUUACUGGACAUCAUCGGGGACUGCCACACAAUCGGGUAUUGAACGAGAUGGCUUGGCAUUUUUGAACUGGGUAUCAGCCACCUAUUCCUCGCCAGAUACAGAUUGUCAGAUGUUUCUGUGGGGCCAUAGCCUUGGUGCAGCUGUUGCAUCGUCCACCAUGUCCAAAUAUCUUGCCCGCCUGGAUGCUGAACAAGCUCAACAUGAUACCCCCCUCCUACCCAUAUCCGGGCUGAUCAUGGAGGCACCUAUCUCCAACAUCAAGGAUAUGCUGAUUGCCAUGUAUCCACAGAAAUGGCUUCCUUACCGAUAUCUUGGACCCUUCUCCUGGAAUACUUGGUGUAGCUCCAAAUCAUUGGAGAAGUUGGCAGAAUGGCGCGACCGAGGGAAAAUCCAACCGAAGCAGUUGCCACACCCUCUAUGCGACCAAGACACUCGAUCGGUCCCUCCGAUACUUAUUUUGGCUGCCGAAAAGGAUGAAGUGAUACCACCUCACGUUGCUGGACAACUUGAGCGCAAGGGUCAAGAGCUCGAAUUGGACAUUUCACAAAAGGUCGUCAUGGGCGCAAUGCACACAGAAUGUCCGAUCAGGAGUGAUGGCAGGGAGGCUUUGGUCAAGUUUAUUCUUGCACACAGAUUCGAGAAUCGCGAAUGA